CGGACCCCCUUCCCGCGUGCGGCUGCGGAGUCAAACUCGCGCCGGACGUGGAGAAGCGAGCGCUCGGGCCAGUGCGCGCGGCGGGGCCGGAAUGAUGAACCCGAUCGCGCUCGGAAUGGCGGGGUGAAACCCGAUCGCGAGACCCCGGAGGAGUGACCGAGUGAGACUUAGCUGCUGCUACCUUACCAGCACGUGCGCCCUUCAGGAGUGAGAAGAAGGAGGGGGCACAACAACAACAACAAAAAAAAAAGAAAAAAAAGAAGACAAGACAUGGCUUCCUCUUCCAGCGAGCUCAUCAGCGCCGACGAGAUCAAGAGGGAGAGCCCGAGGACGACGCUGGACGAGCUCGCGCCGCUGCCGCCGAGCGCGGAGGAGAGCCUGCCCGCCGCGUCCUGCGUGUCCUCGCCGCUCGCCUUCUCGCCCGAGCAGGUGGCGUGCGUGUGCGAGGCGCUGCUGCAGGGCGGAGACGUAGAGCGGCUCGCGCGGUUCCUGUGGUCGCUGCCGCAGAGCGAGCUGCUGCGCGGAAACGAGAGCAUCCUGAAGGCGCAGGCCAUCGUGGCCUUCCACCAAGCGCGGUACCAAGAACUUUACUGCAUCCUGGAGAGCCACAGCUUCAGCCCGGCCAACCACUCUUCCCUGCAGGACAUGUGGUACAAGGCGCGCUACAGCGAGGCGGAGAAGGCGCGCGGGAGGCCGCUGGGCGCUGUGGACAAGUACCGCUUGCGCAGGAAGUACCCGCUGCCCAGGACCAUCUGGGACGGCGAGGAGACCGUGUACUGCUUCAAGGAGAAGUCGCGCAACGCGCUCAAGGACAUGUACAAGAGGAACCGCUACCCGUCCCCGGCCGAGAAGAGGAACCUGGCCAAGAUCACGGGCCUCUCGCUGACCCAGGUUAGCAACUGGUUUAAAAACAGGAGGCAGAGGGACAGGAACCCGUCCGAGGCGCAGUCCAAAAGUGAAUCGGAUGGCAAUCACAGCACAGAGGAUGAGUCAAGUAAAGGUCAAGAGGACCUGUCCCCUCGUCCCCUCUCCAGUGGCUCCACUGGCUCAACCACCCAUGGGUCUAGCCCUGCUGUUAUGUACUCUGAUGGCACCACCACUGUCAUUCAGCAAAUCGGUGAUGUCAAAAUGUCCCCGCUUUCCGCAGGGAUGGGCUACAAUGGUGAGCUGUCGACCACCAACUCUCACUAUAUCAAUGGUGGAGCUUAUGUUCAAUCACAUGGCAACAGCAAUAUCCUGAAUGGACUUGGAGCCACAGGUGGCCACUUCUUGACCUUCGAUCCCCAGAGGGUCUCCCAUGCCCAAGAAAGGCUACUAAGUGGCUCCUCUGUGUCCUACUCAUCUUAUUCAAUGGAAAAUCCAGAAGCCACAAUUGGAAAACUGGAUGGAAUGCAACCUCUGGUCUCCCAUUCAGAUGACGGAGCCACACCUACAGUAGUCACCUUCGCCACCACCUCUUCCUCAUCCUCCUCUACCUCUGGAGCUCCUCAUCUCAGCAGCUACAGCAUGGUCAAUCUUUCUGGGGUUGAGAAUCUUGGUCUUCCUCCAUUAUUGCUACCUCCAUCCUCUACAGCUCCCUCUCAUGGCUCUGCUCCGCUGGAUGGCGUGGUCAGCGACUCAUCCCAUCAUUCAGGCCAGCCCCUGCUUUACACUCUUAACCAGGCAGUCAAGCAGGAGCCGUUGGACAUUGGCGUGGGCUACACGUAUCCCUCCACCAUGGCCUUAGAUCAAACUGGCAACCUAGGCUACACUGCCUCUCUCUUUCUAUCCUCAAACCUUGGACCCACGCCCGACAAUGGCAGCCCCCUUGCCCCUGCUGCCACGGCCGCCGUCACCUCCGUCCUGUCCAGCACAGAGGGUCACUCCACUCUGACUCACGCUGCCCGUGGUCUCCUGGAGGGUGGGAGCACCCUGCCCUCAAACUAUACAACCCAUGAUGCUCAGCUGCCCCUGUCCAACAACCUGGAGUCCCCUGCAGGACAUGGAGAGGGGUCAGUGUGCAGGGAUCUGGACAUGGAAGGGAAAGAGCUUGCCAAGUUGCAGACUGUGCAGAUGGACACAGACAAUGACCUCUGACCCCUGUGAUCAUAUCACCUGAAGAGCUGUGUUUCAUGAGUGUUUGGUUGGUUUUCUUGCACCCCACUGUGACCUCUUAUGAGGUCUCUUAUGCACACGUCAGACUCCAGCUCAGAUUCCACAUUGCUUCCUGGAUAACGUAUGCAAGAUGUGUACAAAUGGGUGAACUAAACAAGCAGUGCCUUUUUGUCCCCAGAAAUGUAGCCCACAAUAUCUAUCCGACUUGCACUCGGAAGGGCUGCAGAAUGUACUUGCUAAUGCACUGACCUUACAAAGAUUAUGUCUGAGCACUGUCAUUUCUCUCUUACAGUAAGAGAGACUUUAGUCAGGAGAGAGAGAGAGAGUGAAAGAUGCAGAAAAGAAGUGUAAAGAAAAGAGGCAAAGAAGAAAAAGACUUGUGAAAAGUAAAACAAGAUGACAGAUAUUGGCAAAUGUCUGCACAAUCACUGCAGCUUUAUAUCAGUCCUUUUAUGUUCCUCUUCAAUAUUUUAUGAAAGCACAGAUGUUUAAUUUUUGUUGAUGUUGUUGUUUGGUCUUUUUUAUUUAAUGUUUGAGUGUGAAAUAGUAAUGUGAAUGAUGUUUUGUUAUGAUUUGCUUUUUAAAUUUCAGUUCGACAACAGCUUUUGAAUUUAAACACACCUUGUGUCCUUCUUGAUAACAGAACAUUGUAUUUUUGGGCAUUUAACUAUUGCUACUGUGCCUUCCUUAAAGAAGUUGAAUCUCUGCACAAGGAACUUAUUUAAGAAAAUUAAGUGUUGGACAAAUAUGCUUCAGUUUUGCAUUUCACUAUUGCUUUACCAUGUGAAAAAACAAGGAAAACUAACUAAAAGGCAUUAUAGUGCAUUCAAUUAUCUUCUUCACUGAUGAAUAGGAACCUUCAUGUAUAGGAUAAUGAGAUAGUUAGCAAACAGGAAUUCUGCACAUGCUGUAAAUAAUGACAAGUCCUAAACCUUUCUGCAUUAAGAAAUGAAAACAGCAUAUUUUUCUAAACUUUUACCCCAUUAAAUUGUUUUAUAUUUAUACAUGUAAAA